AUGCUUUACCAUGUGAUUCGUCGUCCUCCUCAUCAUAAUGUUAUUAAUUCUUCCGAUCAAUCAAAUAAUAAUAAUAAUUCAAGAAGCGAAUCAGUUCCAAAAUCAAAUUUAAUGCCACGAUAUCAUUACUCACGAGUAGUUCCAAAUACUGCAACAAAUAAUUCUGAUUCAUAUUUAACACAAAAUGAUUUAGAUGAAUAUGUAUCAAAACCAACAAUGACAGUGACAACGACGACGACGAGCAAUAAUAAUAAUAACAAUAAUAAUAAUAAUAAUAAUAAUUCUUAUGGAUCUUUUAAAUCAACAUUCAUUCCGCUUAUUAACACUAACCGAAUAUCAAUACCAAAUAGGCGUGACUUUAUUCAGAUACCAAUAACUAGAGAGGAUGGCACGUCUAUUACAACAAAUAAUCAUAGUCGAUCUGUACCAAUAACUUUUAUUAGUCAGACAACUGCAUUACCUCCUACUGGGAAUAAUAAUAAUAACAACGAAAAUACAACUCCGAAAGCAAAUUUUACUAAUCUUCUAAGACCAAAUUCAAAAUAUCUUCAACGUCAUUUUAAUAAUACUACUGAAAAACUACCAUCAACUACAGCGUCAUCGUCAACUAUACCGCGUUUACCGUCUGUUACACGUCGUUUAAGUCUUACUAUACCAGUCAUGACAACAACAAUAGCAACAAAUAUUGAUGAUGACGCAUUAAAAUCAUCAGCUCCAUCAGCAUCUAUGCGACAAAUUCCUAUUCAACUUUUACAAACAGGAACUGUUACUUCAACUCCUACGAAUAAUACUCGUAUGCCAAAUACUAUUCUUCGUUCAUCAUCGCUAUCAAAGCCAUUUGAACAUAAAAAAACUGAUCUACAAAAUAAUUUAUUGUCAUCACCGCCAAUAUUCUCAAUAUAUAAUCCUCAACAACCAUCAUCAUCAUCAUCAUCAUCUGAUCUUUCUAUUCUAACUGCAAAUACAUCACCAAUACGUCGCGCUGAAGUUAUGGCUCGUGAAGCUAUUCAAGGAAAAGCUCGACUUCAACAACAACAGCAACAGCAACAGCAACAACAAAAUGGCUUACUAUCUGAAAAUAAUACUCGAUCGCCUAGUGCGGCUCGUCGUGUGAUUAUAAAUUUAAAAAACAAUCAAUCUGUUUUACUUGAUAGUCGUCUUUCAUCUACAAUGAAACCACCGCUAAGUCCAUCCUCUUCUCGAAUAAUACAGCGAAACAAUUUCUUUCAUAUACCUAUUUUACAUGAAAUUCAAGUACCUACUCAUUCAACACCACGACUCUCUGAAACUUCGUCUCAGUCAUUGCCUACUAGUAAUAGUAAUAAUGAAAAUUAUAAAAAUGAAUUUCAUUUCGAAAUUCCAGUUACAAUUACUACUAGCAAUGAUCAAGAAAAUCAAAAUGAAUUGAAUAAUGAAAAAGAAGAUGGAAUAAAUAGCUAUGAACGUACUCUAUCUGAAAGUAAUAAUUCAAAUCAAGCGCUCAAAUCAAUUUUGAAAAGAUCCUCAUCAAGAGAAACUGUUUCAAGAAAAAAUGUUAGCUUCGUAAAUGCUUAA